AAAACUUUUCAUUAUGGCUUCCCUCUGAUGACCCUGAGAGUCCGGGUGCCCUAAGGAAUCCUCUGUGAAAAUGACAGUGUAGGCUCUUACUAAGGAUUAUUCUCAUAGAUUUGGACUUCGUAUAGACGGUGAAAUUAUGCUUGUGCAGGAACCAGUUCAGGCAGCAAUAUGGCAUUGCCUGAACCACUAUGCAUAUGUGGAUGCAACAUUUCUGGCGGAAAGGCUUCUUGCUGAAGUGGACUCCGACGAGGCAUUACACCUGGUAGCAACAUCAUACUACCGCUCAGGGAAGCCAGGCCGCGCAUACUCUGUCCUUCAUGCACAUGGUACACGCACACCACAACUCAGGUUCCUUAUGGCCCGGUGCUGCUUUGACCUUGGAAAGUUGGAGGAGUCAGAAACAGUGCUGACUGGUGGUAGUGUUCUGCACCCAAAAACAGUUGAUGAUCUAGCCACUGAAUAUGGGGACUUGGCGUGUUUUGCUCUGCAGCUCCUUGGGCUCAUCUGUGCUAGAACUGAACGUCUCAUGAGAGCAGCGGAAGCCUUCAAGCGGUCGUUGAAGCUCAACCCAUUCUUAUGGCAUUCAUUUGUUGCACUCUGUGAUCAGGGGGACAAAUCAGAUCCCUCAAAAGUUUUCAGGUUGGAUUCAUUAGAGACAUUUUCUAAUUGCCAUGGCAGUACGGUGCUCACUCUAGUAAAUAGUGCCAAUCCAGCAAAUAAUGUUAGUGUCAACUCAGACUCAGGAGUCUUAAAUAAUACCUUAAGCAGUGUGUCAGUGAACAGUCAAGAUACUAUUCAACAGACUCCGGCUAUAACUCCUCUGCAGAACACUCCAAAUAAUAUAUUACCAGUGGUGAAUACACCAGUGCAGAACUUGAGUAAUGUGAAUACGCCUGUACCAUUAACCUCUCUUAAUACUCCGGUUGCUGUGACUAUUACGCCUACAGUGGACAGAAGUGUUGGAGAAUCUGGGGAUGGUAUCCUUCAGGCUCCCAAAAAGAAGAAACUUGUUCGAAUUAGGAGUGUGAUGGGCGGACCCCUCUCCUUAAGUCCCUUGACUCCCAGUUUUGGGAUGCUGCCCCUAGAGAUGACAAGUCCUAUGUUUGAGAGUGAACAGUCAUCAUUAAAUAGUUCUGUGGCCUUCCUCACACCUUCACCUCUCUCAUUGUCUCAGCUCGAUACUGAACCUAACACCAAAGUUCCUCCCCCUAUUAGUAAAAGGAUAUUAUGUAGAAACACAAAAGAUUCUCCUCUGGUCCUCAACAAACCAGCUGUAUUUGCACCGGCAGGGAACAAUAGCAACUUCCAAAGUCCCCCAACGGGUCAACCUAAUCCAAGCGUUCGCAGAUCAUCACGCCUAUUUGGUAACAGUAACUCCGUCAAGGAGAAUAACAAGAGUCGUUUUGUGGCGCCAAAAUCCCCAGCUCGAAAAACGAAAACCAGAUCCUCAAAGAGUCAAUCAAGUCUUUCAGAACUGAAUGAAAAAAACAAAAGUGAAAAUCAAGAUAUUAUUUCCCCUGCUGACAAACCAUUCCCAGAAAAGCCAGCCACUCCCCAGAAUCUCGCACAACAAGCACUCUCCAUUCAGAAACACUCCGCAGAGGGACUGAUGUCACUCCUACGUGACAUGGGUGCAUCAUAUCAACAACUGGCACAAUACAACUGUAGUCGAUCGGUGGAGUUAUUGACUGCCCUACCCACUCAGCACUACCGUACAGGAUGGGUCUUGGCCCAUAUUGGCAAGGCAUAUUUUGAGAUGAAUGAUUACCUGCAAGCUAUCAAAUUCUUCAGUGAUGUAAGAGAGAGAGAACCACAUCGCCUCCAUUUGAUGGAGUACUACAGCACAGCUCUCUGGCAUUUACAAAAGGAAGUUCAGCUAUCAGCUUUAGCACAGGAUUUAGUUGAAGAAGAUCGAGAGUGUCCUCAGGCAUGGUGUGCUACAGGCAACUGUUUUUCUCUUCAAAAAGAACAUGAGGCAGCCAUCAGAUUCUUUUCUAGAGCAAUCCAGGUUGACCCAAACUUUGCCUAUGCGUACACUUUACUAGGUCAUGAACACAUCGCAACAGAAGAACUAGACAAUGCACUGAGCUGCUACCGGAGUGCUGUGAGAAUAGAUCCUCGACACUAUAAUGCCUGGUAUGGCAUUGGUCUGGUGCUAUUCAAGCAAGAGAGGUUUGCUCAAGCUGAGUCUCACUUUAAGAAGGCCCUCAGUAUCCACCCACACAGUUCUGUUCUCAUGUGCCAUGUGGCUGUGGUGGAGCACGCCUUACAGAAGAGUAGCGCUGCCCUUGCCACCUUGAAUCGUGCUUUGGCAGUAGAGCCUCGCAACCCACUGUGUAAAUACCACAGAGCAUCUAUUUUACAUGCAACAGAUCACCACCAAGAGGCUCUUGCUGAGCUAAAUCACUUAAAAGAGAUUGUUCCCAAGGAAUCUAAUGUUUACUUCUUGCUUGGCAAGGUGCACAAAAAGUUGGGUCAGACUCAUCUAGCUUUAAUGAACUUCUCCUGGGCGAUGGACCUUGACCCCAAAGGUGCCAACAACCAGUUUAAGGAAGCAAUUGACCCAGCCAUCAAUCGCUUCCCUGUUGAUGAUGAUGACACCACCAACAACAACCCCCAUGAUAAUGGUGGGUUUUUAAGUAGUGAAGGCAGCUCCCUCGCUCCUGCUGAGUCUUCACAAGAAUCCCUCAUCUUAGAGCCCCAACAAAUGCCCAAUAUGGAGAGUUUGAGUGAUGACAGCUUAUAAUAGUGGUGUUCAUAGGCAUCAAAAUUUCUGAUACCAGAGAACGUUUUAUAAGAUAUGUUGAACAGUUUUGUUAUGUAAGUAAUAGCACCCGAAGGGAAAUGAAAGUUGCAACAUUUUGAGAUGUACAUGACUGGUUAAACAAUAUAAAUUUCACAUAAGGGAAUCAAAUAAAAAUUACAUACGUGUAUAUAUGACAAGGAAUAAGUGAUAACUCCUGAACCCCCUCCAACCCAGUGAUAAAGAUCUGCAUAUCAGUGUAUUGUGCAUAGCUGAUGCCUUGUAAGGAAAACAUGAUUUGGCUGACCCAAAUCUGCUCAGUUAUUGGAAGAGGAUGAAGGCCAUCCUUAACCUUGGGGUGGAGUAUACAGGAAGUAAGAAAACAUUUCAAUGCUAAAUCAAGACUCAUAUUGAACCAUAGAUAAGUAAAGAUAACCAUUGUACCGUAUGUUGAAAUUGGGAGGGAAUUAAUGUAUGAGAUGGUGACUGAAUUAAUAAGACAUGUUAAGGAUGAUUGAUAAUUGGUCUUGACACGAUUUCAGUCCCAGAAUAUACGGUACACACAAAAUAUGGUGUGUCAGGUUUUAUAGUCUGGCCUUCAUUUAUCUUUAAUUUCUUGGCUUCAUAGGUGUUCCGACUAUAUAUGUAGUUACAACUUGACAGUGAAAUAUAAACUUUCUUGCUAAGAUUUUUCAAAAAACUUGUUCACUGUAACUGUAUGUUAUUCUUCCUCUUCAAAUUUCAUUUAAAGACCAAAUAAUACAUAUGUGCAUAAUAAAAAAUGGUCUAUAACUUGUACCUAGUGAGACAAAGAAUGUGUUGUGUUUACUAAUUUCAAAAUUGGUUCAUUUAUAACUCAGUAAUGCAUGGGAACUAGUAAGAUCUUGCAUUUAUCCUCUGGAACAGUUUGAUGGGGACCACAGGUUAAUAUGCUCUGUAGUAGUUCCAUGGUUGGGAUUGGGUACCAGCUGCUGGAAGAUUGGGAGCAGCAUAAUACUUCAUCAUAAUCUGUUCAGAUGUGGUCACUUGCCAUCGUGUGCCAAGACAAUUCCGUACCGAGAGUUACCAGCUUGCUCGAGAGAAAAUUUGUAGAUGAUGUUGUGUAAAUUUUUUAUUUAUAUACAGUAAAUAUAUAAAUAUAUAUAUUUUAAUUAGUUAUUUGUUAAUACCAGAUUCUAGUCUUAGGCUACUGUUAUGAAAAAAAAGAAACUCGCAACAGUUUUCCCAUAAAAGAAUACUAAUUGAUGCAUGCAGAACAUUUUGAUAUUGUCCUUAUGCUUUGUUUCCAUGCUUGCCAAGUAAGUGGCUUCCCAUGUUAAGAAUGUUGACAGUUAAAGCAAGCAUGUAAUAUAAAUAAGUAAUUAAAUAAAUAAAUAAAGCAUCAAACCAAUACCAAUGUAUGAUCUGAGUGCUUGGGUUAUGUGCUGUAAGAGAAGUAGUGUACACCCUAGUGAAUGUACACCCUCAGUUGUGUGUACACCCUCAUUUGCGUCAACACCCUUGGUGUGUGUACAGUACACCCUCGGUGUGUGUCCCCUACAACCUCAGUGUGUGUCCUGUACACCCACAGUGUGUGUCCUGUACACCCUCAGUGUGUGUACUGUUCACCCUCAGUAGUGUACUGUGCACCCUCAUUUGUGUGAACACCCUCAGUUGUGUGUACACCCACAGUUGUAUGUACACCCUCAAAGCUAAGGUACCUAUUCAGAGACCAUCUUAACAGUACAGUUCCUUUGCACUGAGAAUGGGUCAAGCAGAACCAAUAUAGUUGCAAAAGUUAAAUACAAUAGUUGUCAAAAUUGGGAUUUGUUAGUUAUAUCCCCAGGAGUUUCAUGUGAAUGAUAGAUUCUUUGAGGUAGAUACUACAUGUCUUACCUGGCCAUGUUGCAUAUUUACCUAAUCAUGAAUUAAACACUGAUUUCUGGUCAAGUCGUAUCUAUUGAGAGGAUCCUUAUCUCUAGUGCAAGGCUCAUGUACAUACAUUGGAGAGAACGUGCAGCUUCCAGUGUGUCAGUGUUAAUGUGUGCUGCUAAUGCUGUACAUAUACAUAGUAUAUUUGUAUAUUUGACACUUUGAAUGCAGUGCAUGUUUGAAGACUAAUUACUGUAGUAUUGUAAAAUGUUGGGGAAUAUGCUGUAAGUCACUGUUUGAAACUUUCUGUAGAAAAAAACAUUUAUUUUGACCUUCAAAAUUUUAAGAAAAUUUUAUCUUGUGUUCAUUUUUCAGUACUGCAAACUAUUGUAUACAAUACUGCAAGAAUUAUUGUGACAUAAUGAGUACAGUAUCCUGUAUUAGGAGUAAAGUUGUGUAUUUAUGUAUAAUAUAAAAAAUAAACAUUUAUUAUACCUAGGAAGUAAAUAGAACAUUCAGUCUUAAUAGUCACAAUACAAAAUUUUAAAUAUACAGUAAAACUUAAACUACUUACAAGUGGGGUUACCCAAAAACCUGAGUGUUUAGUGUACAUUGGUUGUUUUUUCCAACAAUCAUAACAGGCUGUCCUGUGCAGAACCUUCCCCAAGCAUUUUGACCACUGACCAUUUCUGCACCUUCAAGUAUAUUAAUGGCAAUGAUUAUAGUUGUAGCUAGAAUACAGUGCCAGGCACCAGAGGUUACCACUCUUGAGCAAUGGCUGCAUUCACUAAUCUUUUUGGCUGUGCCAAAGGCCUCUAUAUAUAUAUAUAUAUAUAUAUAUAUAUAUAUAUAUAUAUAUAUAUAUAUAUAUAUAUAUAUAUAUAUAUAUAUAUAUAUAUAUAUAUAUAUAUAUAUAUAUAUAUAUAUAUAUAUAUAUAUAUAUAUAUAUAUAUAUAUAUAUAUAUAUAUAUAUAUAUAUAUACAGUAUAUAUAUAUUAGUUAGUAUAUUGUGUUGAAGGGCAUUAAGAGUCUUGCAUGUGCAUUUAUCAUUAGUUAAGUGUUACAUGAUAUUUAGGAAUGAACAUGGCAUAGUUCUUUCUAAGAAAUACAGUAUCUAAAAUUUGUGCAAUACUUAAUCUUAAAGUGUAUACUGUACUGGUCCAACCAUUGGUGUCAAAUAAGUUUCUUCAUAUAAAAUAUACUUAUAAAAAUUC